AUGUAUGCGUUCCCGAACGAGGAUCACGGUGAACUGUCCAACGCAGUUCAAGAGUCGCAGGUCCGUGCACAGUUGGUAGCCGCCUUACCGUGGCAGGUUCGCGACGCGAUUAGGCUACGCAUUACUAAAGAUACGUUAUUCGGGGAGUUGAUAGUGAUCGCGGAAGAUGAAGUAAGGCGCUAUGAAGCAUACGGCGUAAAUGCGUUACAAAGUUCCGACAACUUUGUUAGAGGCGCGUAAUUUCAAUCCGCGUUACAACAAUUUUCGUAAAACCCGACCCAGCGACCGCGACCGACCCUCAACAAUCCUCCUAGGGAUUUCCCAAAUAGCCCCAACCCGAGUUCUAAUCAAAAUCAGCGUUACCCCCAGCGUAAGUUCAGCCCGCAGCGAGAGAAUCGAUCAAACUUCCAAAAUGGGCGUAAUAUCCGACAGGUGCAGAGAACCGAAUCAUAUCUCAAAUCAUCAAGAUCGCCCGCUCAGGCCCCAAGUCAGCGCUGGUUUUUGCAUGAAAGGUUUGGAUGGCGUAGGCCCGUCAAUCAACCGGAACGGCCACGAACCGCUAUGAGUACGACGAGGACGACGACGCGGAAGAUUAUCCAGAACACCUAUACGAAGAUGAAUACAAAGAGGACCAAGACGAUUACGAAGAGUAUGACGAAAAAGGGGAUGACUAA